AGGGACAUCAUCACAGAAUUAGGGUUUUUCCGCCUCACUCAUAUCUGCUGUCUCUCUGUCACACACACACACACACACAGAGCUGAGGGAUACGAGACGACGCCAUGGCCCGGAUCAAGGUUCAUGAGCUGAGGCAGAAAAACAAAGCCGAGCUUUUGGCUCAGUUGAAGGAUCUAAAAGCCGAAUUGGCUCUCCUCCGAGUCGCUAAAGUCACCGGUGGCGCCGCCAACAAGCUUUCCAAGAUAAAGGUAGUUAGGUUGUCAAUAGCGCAGGUGCUGACGGUGAUUUCUCAGAAGCAGAAGGCAGCAUUGAGGGAGGUUUACAAGAACAAGAAGUAUUUGCCUCUUGACCUCCGCCCUAAGAAGACCAGAGCUAUCCGCCGUCGCCUCACCAAACACCAGGCUUCUUUGAAGACAGAAAGACAGAAGAAGAAAGAGACGUACUUUCCCUUGAGGAAAUAUGCAAUUAAGGUUUAGAUCGACCAUGUUGGAUUUGAUUUUGGUGUUUCAACCUGUCUGAACACGAAGAAAAAUCAUAUUUUGCUCCAUUUCUGUUGCUAGCCUAAGGAAUAUAUGGAUCACUGUGAACAAAGCUUUAAGCAUUCUGGUAGUCCAUUGUUUAUUUAAUCACAUGUCUGAUAGUUUUCUUGGUU